AAAAAAAAUUUGACACAAAUGUGUCUGGUCUGACUGACUAAUUAAGGAGGAUAUAGUAGCUUUCUCCAUAAUAUUUCUGUGGGCAAAAAUUUUAAAAAGUGCUAAAUACUUAUUACAAAAUUUUAACUAUUUAUACUAUCCAAAAACAUAUUUUGUUGAACUAAGAAUUAGUUUCGUAUCUGUACCGUUUACAGCAAAAUGUACUUUUCUAACCUCUAAAGUAUCUUACGUAAGAUUUGAAUUUAAUCUACAAUGGGCAAUAAAGUAUCUGCAGAAGCGGUAGUGACCACAAAAACUGCUGGAGUGUCGGGUAAUCCGCCACCAGAAUGUCCUAUGCACAAAAAAGAAGAAAAUGUACAAAAUCAGUCCAAGAGUACACCUUCAGAGUGCCCAGUGCAACAUGGAAAUGAUAUAAACCCUUAUAAUAUGAUGCCACCAGCAAAUCAACAACCUUCACCUGAUCAACCUUUCCCAUUGCCUACCAACAGGCAAGUCUCUACAAUUCCUCGUGCUAUGCCUGAUGGCUCCACAGAAUUCUGGGUGUACCCGAGCCAACAGAUGUUUUGGAAUGCUAUGCUGAGGAAAGGUUGGCGCUGGAAGGAUGAAGACAUCAAGCCCAAAGAUAUGGAUGACAUCAUUAAAAUUCACAAUGCCAAUAAUGAACAGGCUUGGCAAGAAGUGUUGAAAUGGGAGGCUUUGCAUGCCAAAGAAUGUGGUCACCCCAGGCUCAAGAGUUUUGGAGGCAAAGCUACUCAAUACAGCCCUAGGGCACGUCUGCGCUCUUUACUAGGGUAUGAGUUGCCAUUUGACCGUCACGAUUGGAUUGUAGACAGAUGUGGAAAGGAUGUCCGCUAUAUCAUAGAUUAUUAUGAUGGAGGUGAAAUUGAUAACAAAUAUGAAUUUGCCUUGCUCGAUGUUAGGCCAGCUAUGGAUUCAUUUGAGAAUGUAUGGGACAGGAUGAAAGUCAUGUAUAUGAGAUACCGCUAUGAAUUAAUCGGAAGCAAAGACACCAAGUUGACAAAUUAGUUCCUUUUAUUCAGAUACAAUCUUUUGAUGAUCCUACUACUGAUUAAUGUAAAAUACUGUUACAUAUAGUGUGUUUUAUUGAAUAGUGUGUGGGGUUCUUCUGUCGGCAAUGGAUGUCACUGGGGAAACUCUUUGUGAUUAUAUUUAUUGCUAAAUUCAGUAGUUUUUAAUUUUCACAAGUGACUAGUAUUACAAAAUCUUGUCAAAACUGUUUAAUCUCACAUUCUCAUAUAAAUUGUUGAUAAAUAAUAAUCAUGAUACAUUGAUUAAUUCAUCUCAUGAAGUAGUACUUAAAGCUUUUUAUCGUCAUUAAAUUUGAUCACAGAUUACAUAGAUUAAGUUAUUGUUAAAAUAAAAUUGUGUUCAAAAAAAUA